CGAACAUUCACAAGCCUUCACAAACCCAUCGCGAGCAACGACCAAGGCUAAAUUAACAAGCCGAGGCUCUUCAGAAUGACCAGUCACGGCAUAGCCCGCUCUGCGCGGUCACGGACAGAAGAACAGCGCCAGCAGGAUCUCGUCAAGAUCCAAAAGUACCGUGGUCUCGAGGACGAUAUACGCCAAAAGAUAUCCGACAACAACUACGGCACCGACACAUUCCAGCUUACAUCGAAGCUACUACGCCUCAACCCUGAAUACUACACGAUAUGGAACGCCCGCAGGCGCUGUCUAAUCUAUGGCUUAUUGUCCAAACCCUCGGCUGGAUCGCUGCCCUUGAAGGAGUCGCAGAAUACUUCAGCGAUAGACACUCACACAGCCUCUUCCGACGCUUCAUUGCCCUCCUCCUCGACCGAGAUCCCGCCACGCCCCAACCCCCCGACAGCUGGGAAGACUGGUACAACGACUGAUAGCGAUGCCGAUAGCGACGUGAUACGCUCCGAACUGGGCUUCACUGUUCCCUUGCUGAUGGAAUUUCCCAAGUGCUACUGGAUAUGGAAUUAUCGACUAUGGACGCUUGACCGCGCCAUCGAAAGACUUGAUGUAUCUAUAGCUCGGCGCAUUUGGGAAGAGGAGCUAGGUCUUGUCAGCAAGAUGCUCACCAAAGACCGACGAAACUUCCACGCCUGGGGCUACCGUCGCCACGUCGUAGCGCAGCUUGAGAGCCCCGUGCUCAACGGCCAGAGCCUGGUAGAGCUCGAGUUUGAGUAUACCACCAAAAAGAUCCAUGAGGAUCUGUCCAAUUUCUCAGCAUGGCAUAACCGAAGCCAGCUCAUUACAAGGCUUCUUGACGAGCGCAAAGCAGACGACGCGUCUCGGAAAGAUUUACUGGAUAAAGAAAUUGAGAUUAUUCGCGAAGCGCUGAAUGUUGGACCGGAAGACCAGUCUUUAUGGUACUAUCACCAGUUCCUAGUAUUGAACCUCGCAAAUCCUUCAUCAAGUCGCCAAAUAGCACCAAACCUGACGGUGGAGGAGCGCAAGUCAUACAUUGAUGAUGAAGUAACCGAAAUCAAGGAUCUACUACAAGACUACAAGGACAUAAAAUGGAUCUACGAGGCUCUCAUUGAGUACGCAAUCGCAUUGAACCAACUCACGGGGCAGCCAUUCGAGCCUGAGAGUCGAAGUGAUGUGACAUCUUGGUUACAGACUCUCAGGAAACUAGACCCUAAACGAAACGGACGAUGGAGUAAUUUGGAAAAGGACUUGGGCUUAUCACAGACAUGAUUCUGAACCCAUUAACUAUCUAGUACAUGUAUACCAUAUGUCAUUAGACCAUGAUGUAGCAAUGAAUUCGUUGAUAACCC